CUCUGAAUUGCUGUGUGGACUUGACCUUCUUCAACAAAAAGUAACCUGCUGUGUGUUAUCAUUUUAUCAGUCUAUUGUACUUGGAGGAACUCUGUGGUUGGUCAUCCGCAAACUCUUAAUCUGCGGUGUGGAAUUUAUCUUUUACUCAACUGCAGUGUAAAGCGACUGUGUGGAUUCCAUUGGAUACCAAAUUUCUGUUAUUUUAAUUCUCUUACAAUAUAUCCAAGGUUUAUGUGAGGACCUUGACAGAUUUUCUUUAACUUUAUAGUGAAUGUGUGUGUGAGAGAUAAUAUUCUUGAUCUGAGAAAUUUUAUCUUUGUGUGGACACCCUACAGGUAAUUGUUUGUGCUUUGUGAUCAGAACGCACAAGUGUCUGUGUAUGUGUACGGAACCAUCAGAGUUCCUAACAGGCGCUGUCAUUGUACUUGUCCUGGCAGUGAUGCUUGUUAUAUAUAUAAUUAUAUAUUGUGUGUGGAUACCUUAAUGGCGUUUCCCGUUGUAACAAAUACGUUUUGUCAAACUUAAAGACAACAAUCAAACAGCGAUGAUUGGCCGAACAACCCGGAUGUAAUCUGCACCAUUCAAUUGCCUUGAGGUCUGACAUUAAGUUGUCUGUCCUAAAUAUAGUUUGGUAUUUAGGUGUACUUGUAUGUUGUUUACUUGGCCGCUUGACGAGGCCGCCGGUUGUGUCAUCAAGUCGCAACUCACCCACAGUACAUUAAUGCUCACCUCGACUAAAGCAGCACAGGUGGUGUAGAGGUGUGUAGACGUGGUGUUGUGAUGUAGAGGUGGUGUGGAGGUUGUGUGGAGUGGUGUAGAGGUGGUGUGGAGAUAGUGUUGAGCAAUGAGAUGGUGAACGUGUGCAAGGCUUGCUGAACUGUUCUGGGUGACGGGAAUUAUCACAUUCGGAAGGUGCGACCACGUGCCUUAGAUAACGCAGGUAGACGGUGGCGACGCGAUUCUCGAAGGAACUUCCACAAGCGGCUGAAGUGAUGCAUCGGAAACAGGUUGGAGAAAUUGCACGUGGACGUUUUCAGUAAAGAAAUCAUUACCGAUUCUCAGGCCUCUUGCUGUUACAUUCAUGAAAACGACAACAAGCUCUGGCAGCAGCAAAAUUGAAGCUUGAUUGCUUGAAGGUUGAUUACCUCUUCCACAACGACCAGCUCCUCGUGGAAGAUGGAGCGAGUGGCGAGUUUACGCUCUGUCAAGGAUGCUGACCUGGUGGAGCGAGCCCCGUACACCUUCAAAUGCAUCGUGCUUGGAGACGCCAACGUCGGCAAAACAUCCCUCGUUAACCGAUUUCAUAAAAACAUAUUCAAGUCCACGUCGAACGUUACCAUGGGGACGGACAAAGUCAGUCUGUCUGAGCGUCUUGUCGGCGGGAGGACCGCGACACUGGAACUGUGGGACACGGCGGGGCAGGAGCGCUUCCGCAGCCUCACCUCCUCCUACUACAGAAAUGUCGACGGAAUUUUAUUCGUCUAUGAUGUGACGAACCACGUGUCGUUGGCACAUAUAGUGGACUGGCAGAAGGAAGUGGACUGCAACAUCAAGGACUCCAGCAAAACUGUGAAAUUUUUGGUGGGGACGAAGACGGAUCUGAAAAACAAUCAGUCCAUCGAGCCGCAGCACGUGAGAGUUGUAUUCCAGGAUUCCAUAGACGGUUUUUAUCAGGUUAGCUGCAAGUCAGGUGAAAACGUGACAGAAACACGUGCAGCGUUCUGUGAGGUGUUGAUCAAGAGUCGACAGGACAGUCCGUUACCCCGCACGGCCAGCACCAUUUGCUUGAGUGCCACAGAGCGACCUCCGCCGGACAACGGGAAGAAAGACUGUGGAUGCUGACCACUCCCAUCACUGGCGAGUCUAGGUGUGGUGUGUCUUACCUGUGUGUGGAGUGUCUUACCUGUGUGUGGCGUGUCUAACCUGUGUGUGGCGUGAUGUCUCACCUGUGUCACACACCUGUAUCCAUGUCAGCAGCAAGCGGCAGUGCCUGACAGAGCCUGCGACAGGUGCAACGGUUGAUGCUGUGAGAUUGCAUAUUCAACGCUUCUUCCGGAAGACGGAUAGCGAUUCCACCACCUGUAAAAUGGUGGCACUUUUCCAUCAACAUAAGCAGAGGAAGUAUAGAUACACUUUAUUUACACGAGAAGCUUAACUAAUUGUUUUAGGUAUUGUGGUAGUUUGUGAAGGAUCACGACUUCAUUUUAUUGGCAUUCUAUUAUUAAGGUCAGUAUGAAGAAUGGUCAGCUCAGAAAAAAAUACAUGUUUUGUCUUAUGCUAGUUUCCUUUGUAAAACUAGUCGCAAAAGCAGCAAGAGAUAAUGCUGACACGUGUUUCUAUAUGUCUGAAGUCUUCCCUAAUGUGAUUCUGUAAUGAGUGAUGAGUUCUUAUUGUCGGUGAAAAAAAUGAAGCCGCUUCAUGCAAGCAUUUAAAUUGAGAGUUCAUUUGUGAUCGUGUCUUCAGAUGUUGUUACCUCGUGAAACACUCGAAUGAAAGACUUAUAUAAGGCAGCCUGCCUCGUGAUACAGGGUGGACCUGACUCAUGAUACAGGGUGGACCUGUCUUGUCCGAGUGCAUUACAGGCAACGAACUACUUUUCAGUGGUGCACCUUGUAUUUAGCUUUUGAUAUCUUGUAUCACCACAUCAUCACAAGUAAAGCAGAGAAUACCUUG